AGGCUCAAUCCUUCUGGUCCUGCUGCUUCCAUACAUCGCCCAAGCCCGCAUCUCAGUCAUGUACGCCCACGACAAACUCAGCGACUUGGUAGCGCAGCAGUGCUUCAACGAGAUGUUCCCGAAAGCCAAACACGUGGAAAUCCAAGAGUCUGAUGAGCCGUGCAUCAUCUUUUGUGUCCUGAAGAAGCUGGGUAUAAUGUCCGCGAAUGGCGUCAUCAAUUUGGAGAUUUAUAGAAAACGAGUGCAACUGGCUCACCAGCUCGACCAGAGGAACCUGGUCAGCGACUUCGGAAGCUCAUGCGUGGAGAGCGCAGACGCAACUCAGCACAAACAAGAUGUCUGCCGAAAGGCUAAGGUCUUCAACGACUGCACGCACUUGUACAGAAUCUUAUUAAAAAAGCACAAGCCGGAUUAUGGGGGAACCAUGAUGGGGCUCAAUAUAUUGACGGUCAUUCUACCCUGCAUGCUUACGGUGCAAGUUCAUGGCACCUCUGGUACUCUGGUCGAUUUUACAGAUCCGAAGGUUCAAGGUCACCUGGACGCCCUAGUCCGUCUGGCGCAGUCCUGCGUCAUCAAAGUGCGAGCCUCCCCCAAGGACGUCAGAGCAUACUUCACCAACUCCUCGCCAGUCUCCAGGUCUGGACAGUGCUUCGCUGCUUGCAUGCUGGAGCAAAGUGACAUCAUCAACCAUGGGAAGGUUAACAGAGAUCUGCUGGUGCACCAAGCGAGUCUCGUCAACGGCAAAAACUCGAGGGUAGUCAGGAAACUCAACAGCAUCUCCAGACUCUGCCUGGACAGCAUCGAGGGCAUGUCUGACAGGUGUCAACUGGCGUCGACGUAUAAUGACUGCUUGAAUGAGAACAUGCUGGAGUUUGCCUUCCCUCUGGAUAUUGCUGAGGAGGCUGUGAGGAAGAUGCCGUUCCAUUUGAUACAACCUAAGUGA